AUGAGCUGCCUUACACCCGAGCAAGUGGACUUUUACCACCACAAUGGCUACCUCCUUUUACGUGUCGCCGAGCACCAGCUUGUGGACCCAGCUAGCCUCGAAGAGUGGACCAGGGAGAUUCAGGCUUGGCCUCGCGUGAAGGGUAAAUGGAUGCCCUAUGAUGAAAUUAACAUUAACGGCAAACGCCAACUUAUGCGAACGGAGCGCUUUGUCGACUUUCACGCCCAGUAUAAGAGUCUCAUAUGCGGUGAGAAAUUGGGUCAAAUUCUAAAAGCCGUGUCUGGUGAUGACAUGCUCCUUUUCAAGGACAAAAUUAAUUACAAACAGCCCAAUGGCAACGGAUUCAAGGCUCACUUGGAUGCCCCGGCAUAUGACCAUAUCGGCCGGAUUGAACACGUCACUGCCAAUAUAGCUAUUGACCCUGCGACAAUUGAGAACGGCUGCCUUGAAGUUGUCCCCGGAUCGCAUAAAAUGGUUGCAGAAUUCUCUCAAGGCGGACAGAUCACGACCGAAUGGGAAUCUGCACACGAAUGGGUCUCGAUUCCGUUGCAGCCGGGAGACAUGAUCGUCUUCGGCUCCCACCUCGCACAUCGAUCGGCAGAGAAUAAGACCGAUAAGCCCCGAUCCAGUCUUUAUGCCACCUUCCAUUCUACGAAAGAUGGAGUUGAUCUAAGAGAACGCUAUUAUAAGCAUCGGAUGGAAAUGUUUCCACCUGAGCAUGAGCGCGUGGAGGGAAAGGAUUAUUCGCAGGGCUACAAGACUUAUGGAUUUGCAGCGCCAUUCACUACAAUCGACCAGGGCAAAAUAUCUGCCACUAUGGUAGCAAACUAG